GCAGACGAGUGGAUACAUAUAGCUUUGGAAAGAAGAGAAUUACAAAACAGAUGCGAAAGAGAUACCGGUUGCCUGGCAGACAUGAGGCACAUCACUAUCCACUGGUUCCGCAAGGGCCUUCGAUUACAUGACAACCCAGCUCUGCUGGCUGCAUUGCAGGGCUGCACGGAGAUAUACCCUGUGUUCGUCCUGGACCCCGGGGUUCCUAACCAAGCACAUGCAAGCAUCAACUGCUGGAGGUUCCUCAUUGGAGCCCUUGAAGACUUAGAUUGCAGUCUGAAAAAACUCAACUCCAGGCUCUUAGUUUUACGAGGGAAACCUGAGGAAGUCUUCCCCAGACUCUUUCAGAGGUGGAAGGUGACCCGGCUGACUUUUGAGGUGGACACAGAGCCUUACAGCCAGCAUCGGGAUGAGAAGGUGGUUAAAUUGGCAAAGCAGCAUAAUGUGGAAGUCAUUCAGAAGGUCUCUCACACACUUUAUGACACAGAAAGGAUAAUAGCAAAGAACAACGGGAAGCCUCCUCUGACCUUCAACCGGCUGCAGGCAGUCGUGCAGAGCCUUGGAGCACCGGAAAAGCCUGUCCCUCCACCAAUGUUGGAGGACAUGAAGGGUGUGCGCACCCCUUGUUCAGAGAAAGAUGAAGAAAGUUACAAGGUCCCCACUCUGGAGGAGCUGGGACUGGACCCUCUGUCUGCAGGACCUGAGCUGUACCCCGGAGGGGAGCAGGAGGCUCUGCGUAGGCUGGAUGAGCACAUGAAGAGAACGGGAUGGGUGUGCCAUUUCCAGAAGCCAGAGACCUCUCCCAAUGCACUGAGCCCGAGCACCACCGUACUCAGUCCCUAUGUCAGAUAUGGCUGCUUGUCAGCACGCACCUUCUGGUGGAGGCUGACUGAUGUAUACCAAGGGAGAAAACACUCCCAGCCUCCAGUCUCUCUGCAUGGUCAGCUGCUCUGGAGGGAGUUUUUCUACACCACCAGCGUGGGCAUACCCAACUUCAACCGCAUGGAGGGCAAUCCUGUAUGUUUGCAGGUGGACUGGGACAGAAACCCAGAGCACUUGGCUGCCUGGAGAGAGGCCAGAACAGGUUUCCCUUUCAUUGAUGCCAUCAUGACCCAGCUGCGUCAGGAGGGCUGGAUCCACCACCUGGCCCGGCACGCUGUGGCCUGCUUCCUCACCCGUGGGGACUUAUGGAUCAGCUGGGAGGAGGGGCAGAAGGUAUUUGAGGAGCUGCUGCUAGACGGAGACUGGGCCCUGAAUGCUGGGAACUGGCAGUGGCUCUCAGCCAGUGCUUUCUUUCACCAGUAUUACAGGGUUUACUCCCCCAUUGCAUUCGGGAAGAAGACUGACAAGAGUGGGGAAUACAUCAAGAAGUACCUUCCUAUCCUGAAAAAGUUUCCCGCAGAGUACAUAUAUGAGCCAUGGAAAGCACCACGCAGUGUCCAGGAGCGAGCAGGGUGCAUUGUGGGAAAGGACUAUCCCCGGCCCAUCGUGGAUCAUGAGGUUGUUAGUAAGAAGAACAUGCAGAGGAUGAAAAUGGCCUAUUCCAAGCGCUCCGAAACCUUUAAUGAAUCAAAUGGCAAAGCAAAAGGUGAGAAAAGGAAAGCAGCCUCAGUGGUUGAUAUGCUGAUGAAGAAAAAGGUCAAAGUGAACUGAAGAUGUGUCUAAGCCAAAAGAACAUUUAUCCAAUGCUGAGAACAUUUGUCCAACCAUUUUCCAUUUGUAUUCCUUGCAAUACAGUGGAGUAAUUUACAUUCCACAGAAACACAGUGGUAAACUUUUUCAUACUGUUAAUUUUGAAGGAAAUAUUUCUUCUUGAGGGAGUAAGGGAAUAUACUGUAUGGGAAUUUUAUUGUGUUAUUGUGGGAAUUUUAUAGUGUUAUUUUAUUGUGUUAUUGUGGGAAUUUUAUAGUGUUAUUUUUAAAUGUAGAGAUUUUAUAUACAUGGACAACAGACCACAGAACAAGAGAGAGCAAUUGUAAACAUACAAGGUUAGUUUUGAUGUCAAGGGAGUCUAACUGAUGAGGAUCAACGUCAAACCAUGUGCAGGUAUAGGUGAGACAUUUUGUAUGUUAUCUUUAAUAUUUGUCUCCUCACGUUGCUCUGCCUGUUUGUUCUUUUUAUAUAUUUGAACAUCUUAACUUUACACAGUUUCUUCCCAUUAUUGCCUGCCUCUGGGAUAACUAGAAAAAAUAAAAACCUGACAAGGUGUAGUAAAACAUUUUCUGUAAUUAAAAUUUUACUGUUGACAGUCUGCUUACAUUCUGCUGUUUUACAGAUGUCUGGUAUUAUAAGCCAUCACAAGAAAGGAAAUUUGGGCAGUGUGAAAUCUCACAAGAAAAAUAAAACAGUACCACAAUAUCAUAGCAAUAACAUUACUUAUUCCUGAGUGAUUUAAGUAUUAAUAUAUUGUGUUUAAAAAUCACUUCAGAAUUCAAGGUUUAAACACAAAUUG